AUGCACAAGGGCGUCUCCUGCGCCUCGCGACUCCGUCCGACCCGCGUCCGCCUCCUAGCGCGCACCUGCCGCCCUUCGCUCCUCAGCCUCAGAGCCUCCUCCGCCUCCGCAAUGCCGAAGGCCGCGAAGUCCGGCGAUGACAAGACCGCCGUCAUGUGGUUCCGCAAGGGCCUGCGCCUCCACGACAACCCCGCGCUGCUCGCGGCCGCCGAGGGAGCUUCGGCGCUGUACCCGGUCUUUUGCGUCGAUCACAAGGCGCAUGGAUGUGGCCCCGCCACCAUGGGCGUGAACCGCGCCAAGUUCCUCAUCGAGACGCUGGAGGACCUCGACAAGUCCCUGCGCGCGCGUGGGUCCCGCCUCAUCGUCCUCCGCGGGGAGCCCACGGAGGUGCUGCCCCGGGCGAUGAAGGACUGGGGCGCGACGGACCUGUGCUACGAGCAGGACCUCGAGCCGUACUCGAAGGAGCGCGACGCCAAGGUCGACGCGGCGUGCAAGUCCAUGGGUGUCGCCGUGCACUGCAAAGUCUCCCACACGCUCUACGACGUCGAGGAAGUCGUGCGCAAGAACAAGGGCAAGGCGCCGCUGACCAUGACGGCGUUCACGAAGAUCGUCGACGCCAUGCCCGCGCCGAAGCCCGCGCCGGAUCCGCCAUCCAAGCUCCCGCCUGUCCCCUCGGGCGCCAAACACACCGGAGACAAGGAAUCGAAGAUUCCCGACCUGAAAGCCCUCGGACACGAGCAGCCGCCCGCGGGGCCCGAGACGCCGUUCAAGGGCGGCGAGACGGCGGCCCUGGCGCGGCUCGCGGCGUCCAUGUCGGACCCGAAGUGGGUGUGCGCGUUCGAGAAGCCCAAGACGGACCCGUCAGCGUUCCUUGAGCCCGCGACGACGGUGCUGUCGCCCUACCUGUGCAACGGGAGCCUGUCGCCGCGGCUGUUCCACGCCAAGCUGGUGCAGAUCUACAAGGAGGCCAAGGGCAAGCACUCGGCCCCGCCCGUGUCGCUGCGCGGGCAGCUGCUGUGGCGGGACUUUUACACCUGCGUCGGGGUUCACACCCCCAACUACGACAAGAUGGAGGGCAACCCGAUCUGCAUCCAGAUCCCGUGGGACAAGGACGAGGCCGCGGAGAAGCGCUUCAAGGCGUGGCAGGAGGCCCAGACGGGCUACCCGUGGAUUGACGCCAUCAUGACUCAGCUCAAGGAGUGGGGCUGGAUGCACCACCUGGCGCGGCACAGCGUGGCGUGUUUCCUGACGCGCGGGGACCUGUACGUGUCGUGGGAGCGCGGGCGCGACCACUUCGACGCGCUGCUGAUCGACAGCGACUGGUCGCUCAACUCGGGCAACUGGAUGUGGCUGUCGGCGUCCUCCUUUUUCUACCAGUACUUCAGGGUUUACUCCCCCGUCGGGUUCGGGAAGAAGUACGACCCGAGCGGCAAGUUCGUGCGCAAGUUCCUCCCCGUGCUCAAGGACGUGCCGGACAAGUACAUCUACGAGCCCUGGAAGAUGCCGCGCGACGUUCAGCAAAAGGCCAACUGCGUCAUCGGCAAAGACUACCCGAAGCCGAUCGUGGACCACGACGACGCGCGGAAGGAGUGCAUCUCGCGGAUGGCCGCCGCGUACAAGGCGCGGAAGGAGGGCGCCAGCGCGGGGAGCGGCGGGGGCGCUGCAGGGAAGAAGCGGGCCGCGCCUGCCAAGGGCAAGGCGGCGGCGGGGGGCAAGAAGAAGAAGAAGGCCAAGGAGGAGAGCGAGAGCGAGGAGAGCGACGUGAGCCUGACGGACAGCGACUGA